AUGCUCGUAACUGCAUACUCGGCUCUCAUCUUGGGCCUCGCGCGGAUUGUCGCUCGAAACUUGCAAGAUCCAGCGGGGGCCACAGUGUCCACAGUGACGAUGACGAUUACACAGACGGUGUGCAAUGGCGCCCCAGCUUCCAGCACUGCGUCUAGCUCGACCUCGGUACAGCUCCCUGCGCUCGCCAAUGUCAUAUCUUCUAGCUCGACUACAUCCUCCAGCUCCUCGCCGCCAGCCGGGAACGCCGCUGCCCCAACCUCAAGUUCCUCCCUCCCACCCGCCAACGCUGGUGCACCGAGCUCCUCCUCUAGCCUACCCGCCAACGCUGCCAACGGUGGGGCGCCCGGUGGGGCGCCGAGCUCCUCUUCCAGCCUACCCGCCAAUGCUGGUGCGCCGAGCUCUUCCUCCAGCCCAGCCGCUAACGGGGCUGCGCCGAGCUCCUCCUCCAGCCCGCCCAACGGGGCUGCGCCGAGCUCUUCCUCCAGCCCAGCCGCUAACGGGGCUGCGCCGAGCUCCUCCUCCAGCCCGCCCGCCAACGGGGCUGCGCCGAGCUCUUCCUCCAGCCCAGCCGCUAACGGGGCUGCGCCGAGCUCUUCCUCCAGCCCAGCCGCUAACGCGGGUGCGCCGAGCUCCUCCAGUGCUACUCCGUCAUCGUCGUCCUCAGCUGCCGUCGCUUCUGCGUCUGCCUUCCCCCCACGCGUGUGGCUGGCAAUCGGGCCAUACGUCACCGUCACCGACUUUACAGAAGCGCCUGCGACCAAGCCUGUUGAGUGGACCGGCCCAAACAUCAAGGGUCAGAUUGGUCUGGCUACUAACACCAAACCCAUUGAGUGGACCGUCAAAUACAAGCCGCCCGGGGGAGCCGAGAUCACAGAGAAAUGCACAGCGUACCUGAAAAACGGUAACGUGGUCCAGGCCGCCGAUCGGAUCUUUAUCAUCCAAGCGCCCAAAGACGGGCACGUUCAAUACCCCGAAAACGGGGAGGUCCUAUUCAGUUGCAAAUGA